CUUUUAGACUGAUUAUCCGUAGAAAGAUUUAAAUUUAUGAACAAAACCUGAGAGAUUUAUGAGUUUUAUCUGAAAAGUUACUAUUUAACGUACGAGUUUAGAGAAUAUUUUCAUUUGUUUAUUUUGAAUCGAGGGUUGUUCAAUCUACAAAAUUAGACGAAAUACUAGCAUAUAUAAUUAUUGAGAAUUAAUUGAUGGAGCAAUGGCAAGCAUAGAUUAAAUUACAGUUGAAAAAUGAAUAAAAUUCAUAUUACACCUGAAAAUAUUUUUUAUAUUUGUGAUAUACGUCGGAAAAGUUAUUUACAAAAUAAUUAUCUCGAAAAUCUGACGUUUACUGAGGAUGAAUAUCAUAUGUGUGAUGUCUAUAACCAAAGCUUUGUUGUGCGUAAACUCGUAGAUUGUCCUUAUUUAGCUUUGCAUCAAGAAGAAUACGACGAUAGCGAUAAUUCAGAAGAAAAUUCAGAUACGAUUCAAAACUGCAAUUGCCUCAAAGAGUAUGAAAGUAUGGCGUAUGUUUGUAAUAAAUGUAAUUUACGGUUUCCGUACCAAUCAAGUCUUAAUAGGCAUUUUCAAAGGCCUGAACAUUAUAAAAGGACGUCAGUUGUACGAGACAAGAAAUAUUUUCGUGAUCAUCAUUUAAAAACUUGUCAUUUAUAUAAAGAAAAAGAUCGCCCCUAUCAUUGUGUUGCUUGCGAUAAAAAAUUUUCCUCUAAGACUUCAGUAAGUGCUCACAUUAGUAAAGUGCACGAGAAAGAGGAUCGCCAUGUGUGUGUUAUUUGUGAUAAAAGUUUUAUCGAUAAAGUUCGCCUAGAAAAACAUUUAUUUACUCAUACUGAAAAAUAUAGGGAAUGUGAUGUGUGUGGUAAAAAGUUUACGAAUGAGGAUAAGUAUCAUAAGCAUUAUUCGCUUCAUUUAAAUAUGACUUACGUUUGUGCUAUCUGUGAUAAAAAAUUUAACAGUCGAGGUCGUUUCCGGCGGCAUCAGAAACGCCACAUUAAACCACCCAAUCAUUGUGAUGUGUGUAAUAAAACAUAUACAAAUAAAUACUAUUUCCAAAAACAUUAUCUUGCUCAUUUUACAGAUAAAAAACCUUAUGAAUGUGAUUUGUGUGAAGGUAGCUUUUAUGAAAGGCAUAUUCUCGAGACCCAUUACCGUACCCACACUAAAGAGAAACCGUAUGAAUGUGAUCAAUGUCAUAAAUGUUUUGGUUUAAAAUCGACUCUCAGAAGUCAUUAUCUUAUGCAUACUAAAGAAAAACGACAUAAGUGCCCAGUUUGUAAUAAAGGCUUUGGGCGCAGCACACAUGCUAGAGCACAUUAUAUUGCAGUUCACACUCAAGAAAAACCAUUUCUGUGUGAAUUAUGCGAUAAAACAUUUUCUCUUAAAUCUCAUCUUUCUUCGCAUUUUAUACGUGUUCAUACAAAUCAAGAAAGGAAACAUUUGUGUCCUAUUUGUGGGAAAGGUUUUACAAGAGCUCAUAAAGUGAAAGUUCAUCUUGUGACUCACACAAAAGAAAAAUUACAUAUUUGUGAAGUUUGUGGUAAGAGUUUUACACAGAGAAGUUCUCUUAAGACUCAUUAUCGCAUUCAUGAAAGAGAUAAUACUUUGCCUGACAGAAUACGGGAAGAGUUUAAAAUUAACUGAGUCAGUCAAAUAAAAGAGGGUUUACUUUGUGCUUAAUCAAAGUGAAUAUAAAUAAUGUAAAAAAAGAAACACCCUCAAAUUAUGUCAUGUAAACAAACAUACAACAAUUUUAGUAUUUUCUUUCUGGUUAACCAUCUUUAAUCGCAUCAGAAAUCACCUUUUUUAGUUUAAUUCUUUAUUCUUGACAGUAAAGAAGGUGCAACUAUAUAAUACAGGGCUGAUUGUGCUUCGGAAAAAAUCCGGAUUUUCGGAAUUUUCGCAAACAGUGAUCCGGAAGUUUCCGGAGAUCGAUGGUUCAGACGUUUCAAAAAAUCAUUGAUCAC